GGCGGUUCCCGCGCGGUCUCGCGGAGGUCUCGCGAGAGCUGGCUCUAUAAGCCUGCUUGCGCCUCACGUGGCCGCCUCUUUCCUGCCUGGCCAAGAUGGCGCCGAAAGCCAAGAAGGAGGCUGUCCCAGCCAAGACCGAGGCGAAGUCCAAAGCUCUGAAGGCCAAAAAGGCGGUUUUGAAAGGUGUUCACAGCCAUAUGAAGAAGAAGAUUCGCACAUCGCCCACCUUCCGGAGGCCCAAGACCCUGCGGUUACGGAGGCAGCCCAAAUACCCCCGCAAGAGUGCUCCAAGGAGGAAUAAGCUGGACCAUUACGCCAUCAUCAAGUUCCCCCUGACCACCGAGUCGGCCAUGAAGAAGAUCGAGGACAACAACACCCUGGUCUUCAUCGUGGACGUGAAAUCCAACAAGCACCAGAUCAAGCAGGCCGUUAAGAAACUCUACGACAUCGACGUGGCCAAGGUCAACACGCUGAUCAGGCCCGACGGUGAGAAAAAAGCCUAUGUCCGCCUCGCACCAGACUAUGACGCACUUGACGUGGCCAACAAGAUUGGAAUCAUCUGAGCAGCACGCCAGCGGAACCGUGCGAGAUGUUCCUGAGCGCAUAUGCCACAACGGUGCUAACCGACCCCGCAGUGAAGAAUCCUGUGCAGACUUGUACAGAGUUUUGCAAUAAAGAUCUCAAUUUAAAGCCGUA